AUGAAGAUAUUGAUCACGAUGCUCCAGAGAAUUUUUCUUAUGUUUUUAUGGCAUAUGCACCUAUAAUGUAAUUUUUUACUUACUAAUGAGAGUUCGAAUUUUCGAAGAACUACUCUUAAAAAAUACUUGGGAACCAUUAGUUUUACAAGCUUUAAAAGAAAUACCUGGUGAAACUGUUAUGCAAUAAAUUUAAAUUAAAUUAAAGGUGAAGAAGUUAAAGAUGAUAUAAAUUAAAUUUAUGUGA